GCGGUUGCGCCGAGCCGGCCGCGGGUAAUAACGGUAUUCGGGGUUAAUGCGGUGGUGCUUUGCCGGCGGCGCAAUGGCGGCUGUGUGGAUUCUUGAGUCGCGCCUGUCUUCACAGGAGACGCAGUUGCGCCAACUCAGUGCUGCGUUGGAGCGACUUCAGAGGGAACGUGAGGAGUUGCUUGCCGGUCCGAAACUGCGUUUCCUCAGGGAGGAGAAUGAGAAGCUCAAAUACCGGCGGCUGCAUCUGGAGCGCAGCCUUCAGGCCGAGCUGGGGAAGGGAACGGCCGGUAGCUGCUCAUCGCCGCAGGAGAGAGGGUCCGAAGCCCAGGAGCAAGAAUUGUUCUUCUUCCAUGAGCUCAGCCCCGGGAGCUGUUUCUUUCUGCCAAGGGGAGCUUUUAUUUACAACACGCUAACAGCAUUUAUACAGGAGGAGUAUCAUAGACGUGGAUUCACUGAAGUGAUCUCUCCAAAUAUCUACAGCAGGCGGCUGUGGGAAGUAUCUGGCCACUGGCAGCACUACCGUGAGAACAUGUUUAGCUUUGAGGUGGAGAAGGAAGUAUUUGCACUGAAACCCAUGAAUUGCCCCAGUCAUUGUUUGAUGUUUGACCAUCGUCCACGAUCUUGGCGUGAGCUCCCUUUGCGAUUAGCUGAUUUUGGGGUUCUUCAUCGCUAUGAGUUUUCAGGCACCUUAACAGGAUUAAGCAGAGUGCGUCGGUUCGAACAGGAUGAUGCUCACAUCUUCUGUAUGAUAGAGCAGGUUGAUGAGGAGAUAAGUGAAUGUCUAGACUUUGUCCGGUCGGUGUAUGGAAUGUUUGGCUUCAGCUUCCAGCUCAUCCUUUCCACACGGCCGAAAAAGUUUCUGGGCGAUCUGCACUUGUGGAAUCAGGCAGAAAAGCAGUUGGAGUGCUGUUUGAAUGCGUUUGAUGAGCAGUGGAGACUAAGUGCGGGAGAUGGAGCGUUUUAUGGACCAAAGAUCGACAUUGAGAUAAAGGAUGCUCUAGGCCGAUACCAUCAGUGUGCUACCAUCCAGCUGGACUUUCAGCUGCCCAUUCAGUUUAAUCUGGUGUACGUUAGUAAAGAUGGAACAAGUGGAAGCCACCCAGUUAUCAUUCACCGUGCUGUGCUAGGAUCGCUGGAACGCAUGGUGGCAAUUCUUGCCGACAACUGUGCUGGGAAAUGGCCAUUCUGGCUGUCCCCACGUCAGAUUAUGGUAAUCCCUGAUGGACCAGCCUGCGAGGAGUAUGGUCAGAGGGUUUGUCAAGAGUUUGUUGAAGCAGAUUUCAUGGCCGAUGUGGACCUUGAUCCUGAUGUCUUGUUGAAUAAGAAGAUCCAAAAUUCUCAGCUUGCUCAGUACAAUUUCAUUCUAGUGGUCGGGGAGAGGGAGAAAGCAAAUCAUUCGGUUAGUGUCCGUACAAGAGACAGCAAGGUACGUGGUGAACACUCUGUGGCUGCAACUAUAGAGAAAAUGAAGCAUUUGCAGCAACAACGUAAAAUGAGGGCUGAAGAGGACUUCUAACUGCCCAUCUUUAUGUUGAAUGGAUGACAGUGAACAGUGAAAAACAUUGAAAGAACUAUUUAAAAUAAACCUCAUUAAUUGAAGCUUGCUCAUGUUCUGAACUGGAAGGAAUUCUGUAUCAGUGUGAAACAUGGCUAAUCCAAUUUUGGUAUUUAUCUAUAGUUUAACAAAACUGUUUGAGAUAUUUUUAGUUAUGUCUAACAAAGAUUCAGUAACUUGUUUGUGGAGACUGCUGCCACAACUGCUGCUCCAAUCCCAUUGUAUGAAGGAAAUAAAGGUCAAUG